AUGCUAUCAGUGGAGGUGGGUUCGUUAUGUUUUUUUAACCACCCCAUGGAAUCAUGGGUUGUUGCUCGUGUGUCGGGAAAAGGGCCGAAGGGGUACGCAUUGAAGACCGAAGAUAGUGAGAGGAAGUGCAUCGGUGAGUACUUUGACUCUGUACCUGACGACGCUGUCACACCCUGUCGGGAGGAUUUGCUGGAUGAGCAGCCAGAUGAUCUUUUGACGCUGACGGUGCUACAUGACGCUCCGCUGCUGCGCUGCCUGUACCUGCGAUACUUCCGAGACAUCAUUUACACGAACAUUGGCGCUAUCGUUGUGGCCAUUAAUCCCUACAACUUUAAGAUUCCAUGGUACGAGGAUUGUAAAAUGGUUGAGUACCUGAGUGAGGGUCCGGUGAUUAAGAAGAACUUGCCGCAUUCUUGGGCCCAAGCGCAUAAUACAUACAAUGAGAUGAUUGCGGACGGUGCGAACCAGUGUAUUCUUGUCUCUGGAGAGUCCGGUGCGGGCAAAACGGAGGCGACAAAGAUUGUGGUGAAGUACCUCGCGCAGAUAUCAUGCAAGCAUGGCACAGAGGAGGAGAAAAAGAUGGGGCUGGAAGUUGGCGCGAGGUUGAAUGCAUGCUCACCUAUAUUGGAGUGCUUUGGAAAUGCACGUACCGUUCGGAAUGACAACAGCUCCCGUUUUGGGAAGUUUAUGAAGGUGAAGUUUGACGAGAAGGGACGGCUUGUGGGUGCGGAGACGACAAAGUACCUCCUGGAGAAAUCUCGUAUUGUGACUGCGGCGGAAAACGAGCGGGUGUAUCACAGUUUCUACCUCAUUGUACGAGGUGCCAUGGGCCACAAGCUUCAACUUGAGAGCGAGACGGUUUACAGGAGCCUGAACGCGGGGAACUGUCUACAGAACUCGGAGUACAACUCGGUUGAGGAUUACAACGAAGUUGUUGGCGCCAUGGGCCAGAUCGGCAUGAAGGAUGACGAGGUUUAUUCCGUGUGGUCGUGCGUUGCCGGCAUUCUCUGUCUUCUCAACGUUGCCUUCGAAGCGGAUGGGGAGGGGGCGCGGGUGGAGAAAGCAACGGAGAAGUAUUUGAAGAACGCGGUGCGUCUGUUGCGCAUCGACGAGGCGAUGCUAUGGAAUGAGCUGGUGACCACAACACUUGUCGUGCAGAAGACGUCAACCGUUAAAUUGCUGCGUCCAGCACUUGCCGUUGACGUCCGCGACGCACUUGUAAAGGCCUUGUAUGAUGGCCUUUUCACCUGGCUUGUGGAUAAGUGCAACCAACUCUGUGAUGUGACCGCGACAGGUAACUGGAUUGGACUUCUGGACAUCUUUGGCUUCGAGGACUUUAAGAAGAACAGCUUCGAGCAGCUCUGCAUCAACCUGACGAAUGAGACGCUGCAGAAUCACUACAACAAGCACAUCUUCGAGAAGGACAUGGAGGAGUGCCGUGCAGAGAACAUUGACGUGACGGAGGUGGUGUGCCCUGACAACUCACCGUGUCUGCGGCUCAUUGUCGAGAAGGGCGGCAUCCUUGCUUUGCUCGAUGAGGAGUGCACGCUCGGCAAGGGCAGCGAGUUGGAGUUCCUCGCGAAAGUGAAUGACGCACAUAUGGGUAAGAACAAAUUCUUCGAGAAGAAGAAGGUGAGCCGUGAUACUUUCAUCAUACACCACUACGCCGCAAGCGUCACCUACGACGUGAACGGCUGGCUGGAGAAAAACCGCGACACACUAAAGGAGAACAUGAAGGUGUUGAUGCGCAACUCGAAGGACCCGCUCAUCUGCGAGCUUCUGGAGGCCCCGUUGCCGCCGGAGGUGCGCAGCAAACGGCCGACCGUCGGUUCUUUCUUCAAGGGGCAGCUGGCGGCGCUCAUGGAGGUGAUCAACAACACCAACCCGCACUGGAUCCGCUGCAUCAAGCCACACCCGGCGAAGUGCCCUUUGAUGUUCGACGGGGUGCAGACAAUGAGGCAGCUCGAAUCAAGCGGCGUGCUGGGCACAGUGAAGAUACGAAAGGCGGGAUACCCUGUGCGUAACCUCUUUGACAAGUUCAACAGGCGAUACAAAGUCAUCGCCGGAAACUCGGCCGUAGGGAAGGGCGGGCGCGAACUGGCGCAGAUCAUCCUCACGGUAUGCGGUAUGAAGAACAAAGCCAUGGCACAGCUUGGUAGGACGAAGGUGUUCAUGAAAGCCGAGGCCUUCCCCAUCAUGGAGCGGCGGCGCAACGAGGCACUUGCAAAGUUCUGUCGAAGACUUCAAAGCUGCGGGCGCGGGUACCUUGAGCGGCGGCGCGCCAACAGCGAAGACUGCGAGCAGAAACGUAGGCGGCUUGUCACGCUGCUUACGAAGGAGUACCGCGCGUACAUGCGACGCUUUGCGGACCUGCGGCAGGCGCGGGCGCGCUGGCGCAAGGAGCAGGGAGAGCUGUUUCUGCGGCGCAGUGCAGCGCUAUACGAGGAAUGCGUGAAGUCGAAGGCUCCGUUGCAGCAGGAGGCGCUGGAGGCGACGCGGGCGAUGCACACGGCGCUGAGACAGCGGAUGGAGAUGCUCAAGACGUACGCGGUGCAGAUGCAGAAGGAGCGACAGGAUCUCAUCGACGCGGACCUCGCCGCGAGGGGGGCAAUGCUGAAGGAGGCCGCGGCGUACAUUGAUUAUCUCCGUCAUCUCUUCCAACAAGAGCGUGUUCUGUUCGUCACAAUGCUUGUGGAGGAUUUGUGUGACGAUGAGUCGGAGCAACGCCACCAGAUCCGCAACAUUGAGCGGGGCGAGCGCGACAAGUUGUGGCGCGCCGACCGCUCGCGUUACGUUGCGCAGCGACUGGUGGAUCUUGCUAAGGAGGCGUUGGCGUCGCGGCUGAGAAUUGAGGCGAUGGAGGCGAUGCAGCGCGAAGAAGAGAGGGAGCGACGGGCGUUGGAGCAGCGGAACCGCUCGUACCUCAAGUCCUUUAAACGGAAACUCCGAGACACGGAAGUGAUUGCACGCCAGCUAACAUGCAGACGGGAGAAGUUUGAAGAAGCGCGAGAGCAAAAGUUGAUGCAGCUGCAGGGGAUGUACAUGGCGGGGAGCAUGGGGCGGCAGGAAAGGUGGAAGCCGCCGCGAGUGAGCCUCAUUCGCGCCCCCAGCCUGGGGUACAGCAGUGCCCCACGCGCGCUCCGCCAAACCUCACCAGCUGCACCCGUUUCGCCAUCACCGCGGCAGGUGGGGCCGCAGCCAACGCAGCAACAACACUAUGCCAAUGCGCCUGCUGUAGUGAUCGACGAAAUCACGCCAAGACGCUACUCCAUUCAUUCUGUUUCGGAACGACCCAGCUACGGCGGCAGUACUGGUGCCAUUGUGGAGCAAGGCCCUUCGAUGAGGGUGCAUUAUCGUUUUUUGCCUUUUUUACCGCUGGAGCAUGACAAGUUGGCACAUAAAGAGGCGCACAGCGCGCGUGCCGCAUCACCGAAGUGGAGUGAUGAAGCAAGUAAGCCGCUUUCAGUGUUUGCCCCGCUCGCCUCGCCGUAUCGCCGAUUGUCACCACGGCACUCGGCACCACUGCCGCAGGCUGAAGUGUACCUUGGUGCUGCAGCAUGGCAGGACUACAGGCCGGUUCUCAAGGCGAGUUCGUGCGAGGUGGUGAAAGAGGAACUGCCUUCAGGCCCGCGGUACAAGCGCUCGAAGCGGUGGGCAUGA